AUGUAUAGAAAAUCAACCAACCCAUUUAUCGAUGAUAGGAGUGAUGAUAGUUUCGAUGAGGAUGACGAAUCCAACAUCCUAUUCCCUAAACAACAAGCUCGCCCCCCACAGCGUCCUCCAACGUCAUCCAAACCAGCAGCGGUAGUGACUACUCGGCAGAGAAGGUCUAACUCAGACUCCUCACUAAUGGAGCCACCUGUUAAGCCUGUUAGUGAUGGCCGUCACAAAAGCGACCAACGCGAUACCACGCCUCAUAGGAGUGGGGAUCGCGACCAUGAUCACCACCAUCGUUCUUCUAAUCGUGAGCACCGUGAGCAUCGCUCACACCGAGACAAGUCGGAUCGUGAACGCUCAUCACGCAAGGGUACUAAGUCGUCCUCCUCUAAAGAGCACACGUCAUCCAAGACAGGUGGCCGCAAGAAGGGUCAACCUUUGGACGUUAUUGAUAAGCUCGAUGUAACAGGUCUAUUUGGACCAGGAUCAUUUCACCAUGAUGGCCCCUUUGAUGCUUGCACUCCUCACCGUAAUAAGAACACAAAGCGAGCUCCUGUAAUGGCUUUCCCUGCUGAUGGUGCAAACAACAGCAUUAGCGGAGUGGAUCCAAAUCGUGAUAAGUAUGCAACUGAGAAUACUAUUAUGGGUAGAGGUGUGGAUGAGGCUUACCUUGAUUAUAACAUUUCAAGCUCUGCCAGAAACAGACUGAACAAUGGUCUAUCUGCACGUCGUCCAUCUCCUGAAACUGAUGAGAGUAAGCGAGUUUUUAAUCCUGGUGUGAAAGAGGAGCCUGUUCAUGGUGAUUUCAGCAUGGGAUUAGGCAGUUCUACUUUCCUUGAGGGAGCACCAGCAUCUCGCGAGGCGAUCAAACAGUCGGUAGAGGAACAACAGAGUGCUGUUGCAAAUGGCUUAGGAAGAAAAAAGUCGCUUGUGCAGAGGUUGCGUGGUAAUAGCAACUCUGGUCCUUUACCAGUGCCUCCUCGACCACAUCGGUAUAAUUCGGCAUCUGGCCCCAGCUCCAGCAACCCUGAGCUAGCUGGUUCCACGGAUGGUCCCGUCUCUCGUACGAGUUCUCACCCUAAUCCAAUUGACUCUCGUGGUGCUGGUUCAUCCGGGUCGUCUCCAAAAUACGUCACUACCACUUCUGAGGACUAUGUCCGUAGCAGCGAAGAAAGCAAUCCCAAGUCUCCACCUGCUAUAACUGUACAAUUAGCUUCUGGUAGUGCCAACUCCGGUUCUUCCAAUGGAGGUGGUGGAAACGGUUUGCUACGUCGUGUCAAGAGUUUGAAAGUUGGUUCUAGACGUCGCGGUUCUUAA